AUGCUGCAUGCCAAUCGCCGCGGUUUUGUCAUGGGCCUCGUGGCCACCGCCUCCCUCACCGCGGCCAAUGCCCAGGGCCAAAGCCCCGCCGCCGCCCGGAGCCUGCCGCCCCUGCCCGCGGGCAGCGCGCAGGCCAUGGCCACCGACCGCGGCUACUGGGCGGCCGUGCGCUCGCUCUACACCGUGACACCGAAAACGGUGAACCUGGAGAACGGCUACUGGGGCAUCAUGGCCGACCCGGUGCGCGGCGAGUACCAGGCCAAGACCGACAUGGUGAACCGCGAGAAUUCCUAUUACGCGCGUUCGCAGUUCGACGGCGACGCGACCGAAGCCCGCAAGCUGCUGGCCGCCGCCGUGGGCUCCGUCCCCGGCGAAAUCGCUUUCACGCGCGGCGCCACCGAAGCCCUGCAGUUGCUGAUAGGCGGCUACAACAAGCUCGGCGCAGGCGACAGCGUGCUGUUUUGCGACCUCGACUACGACUCCAUGCAGUACGCGAUGAACUGGCUCAAGGACAGGCGCGGCGUGAACGUGGUCAAGUUCAGCAUUCCCGAGCCCGCCACGCGCGAAGCCGUGCUGCAAACCUACCGGGAAGCCCUGGCCAACAACCCCAAGGCAAAACUGCUGCUGCUCACCCACGUCAGCCACCGCACCGGGCUGGUGAUGCCCGUGGCCGAGAUCGCCGCGAUGGCCAGGGCCCGUGGCGUGGACGUGGUGCUGGACGCCGCGCACUCCUGGGGCCAGAUCGACUUCAAGGUCGCGGACCUGGGUGUGGACUUUGUCGGCUUCAACCUGCACAAGUGGAUAGGCGCGCCCGUCGGCCUGGGUUUUAUGUACAUCGCCAAAGGGCGGCUGGCCGAUAUAGACCGGGCGAUGGCCGACGAGGACUGGCCGGCCGACGACAUCCGCUCGCGCGUGCACAGCGGCACCUCCAACUUCGCGGCCCUGCUGACCCUGCCCCGGGCGCUGGCCCUGCAUGCGGAAAUCGGCCCCAAGGCCAAAGAGCUUCGCCUUCGCCACCUGCGCGAUUACUGGGUAGCCCGCGCCCGCGAAUUGAAGGGCAUCGACAUCCUGACGCCGGACCAGCCCGGCAUGGCCGCCGGCAUCACCUCUUUCCGCCUGGCCGGCAGGACGACACCGGACGACUACAAGGCGCUGGUGGCGCAGCUGCGCGACGGCUAUGGCGUGCUGACGGUGCGCCGCACCGGCCUGGCCAAGGGCCCCCUGCAUACGCGUCUCCCCGGCGCUCUACACCACCGAGGCCGACCUGGACCGGCUGGUCUCGGCCCUGAAAGCCCUGGCCUCGGCCUGAGGCACGGCGGCCGGGGCGGCCCGGCCUGUCACCAGGGCUUGCAAAAAACAGUGUUUUGCAUCGACCCUGACGCCGUGCGGCCGUUGACAGAAGCUUUCACGAAACUUACAUUGAAGCCUCGCACGGAGGCUUUAUGUUUGACCCCUCUGACCCUUCCAGGCCCUCAACAUCCACCCGGUCGCCGUACUGGCACCACAUCACGCUGGCACAGCUGCAGCGCGUCAAGGACUGGCGCGAGGCGCAGCGCCCGGCACACCCGCUUGAAUGCCAGCUCUGGGAAGUGGUGCUGACGGCCUGGCUGAUGGGCUGGACCGGCUGGCUGCCGGCCUACGCCUUUGAGGCGGCCUGGGCCUACCCGCUGUGCGCGCUGGGCAUCCUGGCGCCGAGGCUGUAUGUCUAUGCAAGGGCACGGGCGCACCUGGCGCGGCGUCUCAGGUGUGACUGGCUGGACUUGGUCGCCUGACUUAGAGUGGGGGCAUGAACGCCACCACCCCACCCUCCCUGACCUGCUUCACCCUCAACACCACCGGCCACGUCGCCCACCUGUUGCUGAAUCGCCCCGAAGCGAUGAACACCAUGCACCCGCUGUUCUGGCGCGAGCUGGACGCGGCGCUCACGCACAUCCAUAAAACCGGCGAAGCGCGCGUGCUGGUGAUCUCCAGCACCGGCAAACACUUCAGCGCGGGCAUGGCGCUGGAAACCUUCGGCAGCGGCAUCGCGAUGGACGACCAGAGCCCCGAAGGCCGCGCGGCCAUCUUCGACCUGCUGACGGACAUGCAGGCCACCUUCACCAAGCUCGAGACCCUGCGCAUCCCGGUGAUCGCGGCCAUCCAGGGCGGCUGCAUAGGCGGCGCGGUGGACAUGGUGACGGCCUGCUGCCUGCGCUACGCCACGGCCGACGCGUUUUUCUGCAUCCAGGAAAUCAACAUCGGCAUGGUGGCCGACGUGGGCACGCUGCAGCGCCUGCCCAAGCUGCUGCCGCUGGCGGUCGUCAAGGAACUGGCCUACACCGGGCGCCGCCUGCCGGCGGCCAGGGCGCUGGGCUAUGGCCUGGUCAACGAGGUGUUUGAUUCAGCGGACGCCAUGCUGGCCGCCGCGAUGCAGUGCGCGAACGAGAUCGCCGCCAAGCCGCCGGUGGCGGUGUGGGGCAGCAAGCAGGCCAUCCACUAUGCGCGCGACCACUCGGUGGACGACGCGCUCCGGCAAAUGGGCUGGCUGCAGGGCGCGAUCUGGAGCAACGCGCACGUGCGCGAGUCCGUGACGGCCAUGAAGGAAAAGCGCGCGGGGCAGUUCCCGGGGCUUACGCCGCUCAAGAACUUCAGCGAGUUCGGGCAGUAA